CACGUAACAUCCGUUUAGAACGGCCGUUUUGAUUGGAUGAAGCAAGUUUAUAUGUUUCUCUUCUCAAUUUUCGAUUUCGUCGCAACUAACUUAGCGAGUUAAUGAAGAGAGCGCACACGUUUUGCUUAUAUUCUGAACCGUAGAUUUGUUUGGCAUGGAGGUCAUAUCUAUUGACGAGGAGCUUAUUUGCGCCAUCUGCCGUGACAUAUUUGUCGAACCUGUGACUUUGCCCUGCGGUCAUAAUUAUUGCGAAGUCUGUGUGAACCAGUUGAAAAGAUCCGCGGUGGAAGUCGAAAACAUCAAUGCCGAGCGUGGAUUCGAGAGACUGUGUGUAUGUUACACCUGUCCUCUUUGCCUUGCACCUUGCGAUUCAACGUUAAACUUGAAAAAGAACGUGGUACUUCACAACAUCAUUGAAAAGUACCACAGCAAACGUGCAAGCGGUGUCGACUGCACUGUCUGCAAAGGUGAGCAGAGGAUGGCCGCAGAAAAGAGUUGUGUCAGCUGCAAAGAGUCAUAUUGCACCGUCCACAUCAUACCACACUUGGAGAACGCUGUACUGCGCCAACACGUUAUGGUGAGCCCGAUGGGCGACACUGGCAGACUCUGCAAAGAGCACGGGAAGGAACAGGAACUUUACUGCGAGACAGACCAGACCCCACUGUGCGCCUACUGCAUGCUACCUGCCGAGGCCAAGCACAGGGAUGGGCACAGCGUCGUGAAACUUGCAGAUGCGCUGGAUACUUUAAGGGUGAGGUGUCUCAUAUUUUCAUCUUGAUCACUUGUGCAUGCAUGGAAGAUACUUUGAGUUUGCACCAUUUUUGGAAAUCAAUUAGAAUGCGUCUUGUUAAUUGGUAAAUCACUAAUUAAUCAAUGGUAUGUCUUUAAUUGUUUUGAUAGGAGAACUGUCAAGUCAAACUUCAGGGUAUUAAAGAGAGCCUGACCGAAGUAAAGAAUGGCCUGGCAAAAAUGGAUGAAGCUGCUUCGUGUUCCAAGGUAAUACUAUCGCAGCAAGAACAUAAACCCAAAGUACCCCACAUGAUAGGAAUUAGGCUAAUGUUGAGGUUCUUCUCGCUCCCCACUUCUGUUAAACCAGUCUGAAUAGUGAGUGGCAGGCUUACAAUUUAUUAGACAACUUUACAAUAUAUUAGACAACUAACGUGAAGGCAAUUGCCUGGGGCCUGACAUCAUCAGGGAGCCUCGUGAACUUGGCAUAAUUUCGUUUAAUAAUACAUUAUUUAUGUUAUCUAGCCAUCCUACUCCACUUGAGGCCCUACUUGAGGCAAUCUCCCAUGUGCGCUAUUUUAGCGGUUGUGACGAACGGAUCGGUUAAUGUUUUCCUCCUCCAAAUUUGUCUCUAGCUAUUGAACGGUUUUGAACGACUUCACUAUUACGACCCCAUGCCUGAAAGCGUUGACUCUCAGAAAAGAACGUAGGCCUACGUGUCUUCAAUUUCCCUCUGACGCUCACAUGCCGCGCAGGACACCAUUAGAAGUUACUGUGACAAAACCACAAUUGAAAACAAUGCACAUCUUUUUUUUUCUUCUACACACACAAUUAUUAACUGAUUAUCUUCCCUGAUGUUUUCCCAAACAUUACAAUACCUCUCUGAUGCAUUUCACUCAUGUUGUGAUGCAAAACAUGUUUUACUCCUUUCCAUUAUUCAUGUAAUUUGCCAUAUUUUCCUUUUAGACUUAUGAACAUAAUUUGGUUGCAGUUUGUAUCUGCGCAGGAAUGUUUAAAAAGUCCAUAAAAUGAAGACAAUAUCAGUAUUGUCGAUAUUGCAAAGGAAAAUAUAGGUAUUGGCCCAGAAUUUAUGAAUCCCUAACUUGAAAAUGUAAAACGGAUAGAAAAUAUGUACACUGAACAAAAAUAUAAAUGCAACAAUUUCAAAGAGUUUACUGAGUUACAGUUCGUCCGUCAAUUGAAAUGUAUUAGACACUAAUCUAUAUGGAUUUCACAUGACUGGGAAUACAGAUACCGUAAAUAUAAGGUAGGGGCGUGUGACCACCAUUUGCCUCAUGCAGCGCGACAUCUCCUUUGCAGAGAGUUGAUCAGGCUGUUGAUGGUGGCCUGUUGUCCCAUUCCUCUUCAAUGGCUGUGUGGCAUGCUCAAUGGGUGACAUGGCAGGUGAGUAUCCAGGACAUGGAAGAACAUGGAGACUUUCAGCUUCCAGGAAUUAUGUACAGAUCCUUGCGACAUGGGGCUGUGCAUUAUCAUGCUGAAACAUGAGGUGAUGGCGGCGGAUGACUGGCACGACAAUGGGCCUCAGGAUCUCAUCGCGGUAUGUCUGUGCAUUAAAAUUGCCAUCGAUAAAAUGCAAUUGUGUUCGUUGUCUGUAGUUUAUGCCUGCCCAUACCAUAACCCCUCCGCCACCAUGGGGCAUUCUGUUCACAACGCUGACAUCAGUAAACCGCUGGCCAACACGACACCUGCCAUCUGCCCGGUACAAUUGAAAUCGGGAUUCAUCUGUGAAGAGCACACUUCUCCAGCGUGCCAGUGGCCAUCGACGGUGAGCAUUUACCCACUGACAAAUUCUCUAAAACGACGUUGGAGGUGGCUUAUGGUAGAGAAACAAACAUUACAUUUUCUGGCAACAGCUCUGGUGGACAUUCAUGCAGUCAGCAAGCCAAUUAUAUUCUCCCUCAACUUGAAACAUUUGUGGCAUUGUGUUAUGAAAACCGCAUUUGAUUGUCCCCAACACAAGGUGCACCUGUGUAAUGAUCGUACUGUUUAAUCAGCUUCUUCAUAUGCCACACCUGUCAGGUGGAUGGAUUAUCUUGGUGAAGGAGAAAUACUUACUAACAGUGAUGUAAACAAAUUUGUGCACAACAUUUUUGAGAAAUAAGCUUUUUGUGCGUAUGGAACAUUUUUGGGAUAUUUUAUUUCAGCUCAUGAAACAUGGGACCAACACUUUACAUGUUGCAUUUUAUAUUUUUGUUCAGUAUAGAAAUUAGACCUAUAAUGGACAUCAUUAUUUUUUAACUGCCCUUUUUCUGGCCCGCAAAUUGCUUUUGAUGAACAACUCGGUCUGUAAAAAAAUUAAAAUCUGUGCAGUCCUCCGUUGAACUUUGAAAUCCCGACAUAGCCCUCGAGACACAAUUAUUGCCUGCCCUUGUUCUAUGUGGUGAUGCAAAUACCUUUACUAGUGAGGGGCAUUUCAACCAUUUUCAGUUAGCCUUUUAAUUCUUCUUUCACCUAAAAGAGCUGGCUCCGAACAGCUCUUCAUUCAGUAGCCAUGAUUGUUAAAUAGACAUGGGCGGUGGUCUAAGACUGGCUUCUGCCUGGGGCCUCCAAAUCAAUAACUCCGCCCCUGAGUGAAUGCAGCGUUUUAGUCUGGUUUAACCAGGCUACACUUCUGACUGUCACCCCUUUAAUAACAGGCCAGUCUGGAAAGGCAGCAAAGUGAGUGCACAGCCUUCCUGCGCAGAAUCAAGUUGUUCCUGGAGUUUGAGGAGCAGGCGUGGCAGAAGAGGUUCUCUGUGGAUAUGGUGCAGGAGAGCAGGAACGGGAAGCAGCGGACAGAGAGGCUGAGGAGGCUGCAGGACAGGCUGACCCAGGCACAGGGCACUCUGCUGAAGGCUCAGACCAUCAGUGACCCCCUGGUGCUGCUCCAGGUAAAGCUGAAGCAUGACUAGGGCAUAAAAAAGACUGAACGCUGACGUGAAACAAAAGUGAGCACAGCGUUCAGUCUGGUUUAUCCAGGCUAGGAGUGUACUUGGAUGGAAGUCUAAAUGAGAAUUGACUUUCGGCACCAAAAAAAUAAAUAGGCAGCGAGCCCAAUUCAUUAAGCGUAUGGCUACGUUUCAUUAUGACUUAUUUUAACUGUAUUCGAUUUAAUUUUAUUAAACAGCUCUUGAAGAAUGAGGAGUGGUAAGUUGAAAUUAUUCUUAUGACUGAAUUAUAGCUGAAGACACAACCACCCACAAACAAUUCCCUCAAAGUAGAAUCAUUUAAUUUCAUGCCUUUUUUUUUUUUUUUUUAUGACCAGCACCACUAAUUAUUUAUUUUACUAAUUCCUUUACAAGUAUGUAAAUAAUUGGCACUACAUAUGCUACACAUUAUGUUCAUCUCACUAAAUUCUGAACUUUAGUGAUCUUAAAUUUCCCUGUUGCAGGGCGGACCUGCUUCAAAGGGAUGUUUGUUCCCGUCAGAUUGAGAAGAUCAGUAAGUGGAGUGGAACCAAGCUUGUGGCUUCAUCUAGAAUCACCCCCCUGUUCCAGACUCUCCAGAAAACAUUUCAAGGUACUCAGUCUCUGUGAAGAGAACUUAACACAAGGGUUUAUUAAAAAAAUAUAUAUAAUAUAAAAAAAAUGCUGAAGAAUAUUGAACCAAUCAGUCAAUAUCUGACCAUUCACACAACUAUAGUACAUUAGAAGCCUAUUCUGAUAGUGUUUUUGGCCAGCUAAUUGUUCCUGUCAGCUUUUUAAAGUAAGGUUUUGGACGGUAUCUCUAAUAUUAUGUCUCUGUAGGUGAUGUCAUUUUCUUUGCUGAAUUAAGUGCCCACCCUAAACUGAAGUUGGACCCUGACUCUGGCUCUGUGUGGGUGACCGAGGAGCACCAGCGACAUGAUGAGGAACCAUGUUACCCGGAUCGGCCUUACUGUGUGAUGGGAGUCAUUAUCUCCUCCAAGGGUGUGCACAACUGGGAGGUGGAAGUGGAAGGACUCUCGUCUUGGGCCCUGGGUGUGGCCUUCCUUGGCCCAUACCAGAUAGCGGUGACCUGCAAGCUCGGCACUGAUGACCAGUCGUGGAGUCUGAGUUACAGCAAGAGCAAGCAGCGGUUCUCUGCCCAGCACGACUGGCUGGCCUUUGCGUUCCAUGCACCGGACUCCAACCCACCCAGACGGAUCGGGGUCUUUCUGGAUGUGGACAGUGGAAUCCUGAGCUUCUACGAUGCAGUGCGGAUGGUGUGUCUCUACACGUUCUACUGUACCCUGGAUCAGGACUCCGACCCCCAAACUUACCUCAGACCAGCCUUCUGCCCUAGGCUGAAGGAGGACGACCAGCCACUGUCCACUAAGCCAAUGAGGGUGCUGCGCCCAGUCUCAAACUUUUAG